AUGCCGACGAUAUUAUACAGCUCAAAUUCGAAGCAGCUAUCAAGAUUCCAGCGCAAAACCAAGAUCAAUGCAGAGCAGCUAAAUACAAAGAUCAACACGAACGACGCUCCGUUCAUAUCAGAACAGAAUAAGGACUCAAGAGAGUAUCUCAUAGAACUAUGUUGUUCAGUUUAUCCGACGGAAAUCCAUUCGCAGAUCUUUCGAUGUCCUGAUUGGAAACUUCCUUUACAUGCCAUCUUGGUACUACUAUUGAAAAACUUCGUUACCUCAUGGUACGGGGAGAAAAUUGUAACAUCGGACACCGAGCUUUUAGUACAUCUGUAUGAACUUGUUGAUGAUGUGUUAGAUGAUAUUCAUAAUACAAAUAUUUUGUGGGAGCAAGUAAUAUGUGAUGAUUUACCCUUAUUUGUAGAAACACAAGUUAAGAUAAUGAGAAGAGUGCUACAAGAACAGUUGUUAUUAGAUGACUUUUACCAGCUACAAUUAUACAAACAUACUUACCCCCAUGCGAUUGCUGAAAUUAUAGUUGAGAGAUUCAGUAGUGGUUCAAGAUUGCAUAAUGCCUUUUUACGAGAUUUCUUCGGUGAUUUUUUACUAGACAAGUUGACUGAGAAGAUUGCAGAGCCAUUCAUAGUGAUAGACAUAGUAAAAUCUAUCUGCGAGAGUCUUCUCAGGGAAAAGGCAGAGAACUGUAAGCUAAGGGAUAGAAAAAACUGGAUUCAAAAAAUGAUGCAUAAAUUAUGGUCCACUUUUCAAUUGAGCAAUAAAGAGGUAACUACUAAUCACGUUCUUCGAAGAAUUGAUCAACCCGACAGUGGAUUUUUCAAUCACUAUUUCUUUUCUGCCAUGAAUGAGUGUUUUCAGUUAGAAACGAGAAAACCACUACUGUUUUUAGCGUUCAAAGUUUCCCAAUUUUUUGGCACCAAGAUUGCCUUUGUUUCAAAUAUAGCAUCUCAAAUAUUCCAAAACAUUGUGACACAGAGGGUGCUCAGUGGAGAGUGGCUGAUUUCCUCCAGCUUGAAAGUACGACAUUUGCUCUUUCCUCAUGACAACAAAAUGGGUCCUGUCAAGACUGCACCAAGCGCAAGUGAAUUCGUGAUUAUGAAGAAGGAAGCUUCAACAGCAUUAAAUCAAGUUUGCCGAAAAAUGUAUAUUGACAAGAUUUUGGGCAUUGAUUCAAACGACUGCGACUUAGUUAUAGAUGCUUUGGCAUAUGAUAGAAAAAUCAACCAAUUCAUGAUACAAAGAUUAGUUGAUUAUCUGCUAACUUCGUUUCCUGUAUUUUCAGCUUCUUCAAACAUUCCUUGA